CGACUUGGAUAAGGAAAAUAUACGUUAAAAAGGGUUUGAUAACUUCGCUGUUAAUUCAUACAUUUAAAAUACCCUGACCGAUAAUAUUAGACAUAAUAAAUACCCCUGUUCUGCGUUUCAUUUUACAGGCUUUAUUCAGAACCUUUGGUUUUUUGUCCACUACCCCACUCCGUACUGCUCGGCGCAUGCACACUAUAUACUUUUAGCUAACUUUGACUUGCUUUCCACGCGUGUUUAGAUUCUUACUUGGGGAAAAGUGUAGUUUGAGGCCAGGAGCUUUGGAAAUAUAGGACGCGUUUUUCAUCAGAAUGGGUGGUCAAGCUAAGGGCAAAAAGAAAAACAAACCGAAGAGGAAAGACAACCGUCCAAACCGGGAUGGAGGAUUUGUUGGUCUGUCACCUCAAGAAAGGAUGAAAGUAAGAAUGCACGAAAAAGCCAAGAAGAAGACAGCUGAGAAGUACUCAGUACAGCAACUCCUACAGAAGACUGAAGAAUGCAUGGACAGUUUUGACUUUGAGAUGGCUGGCCUUUUCUGUCAAAGAGCCCUGGAUGUGGAGCCCACUAACCUGCAAGUUCUAGACAUGCUGGGACAUAUUUACUCUGAAUUAGGAGACACACAGAAAGCUAAAGAAGCAUUUCUGCAUGCUGUGGCGCUUAGCCCAGAUGUUGGCCACGGUAAGUACAUGUACCUGGGACAAAUCCACACAGGCCAGGAGGCUGUAGACUACUACACCAGAGGAAUACAUGUCCUACUGAAUGCAUUGGAGAAACAAGAAACGACAACAGCUCAGGCUGGAGCUGCUGCCCAACCAGAUGAGGACCCUGAACUCCCCACAGAGAAGGAUGUUAGCGUAGCCUACUGCUCCAUCGCUGAGAUUUACUUAACAGACCUCUGCAUGGAGGAGGGGGCUGCAGACAAGUGCAGAGAGUUCAUAGAGAAAGCAUUACAGUAUCACCAUGACAACCCAGAAGCUCUACAGCUUAUGGCCAGUUACCUGUUCAGUACAGAGAGAAACCAGGAAGGCAAAGAUUACCUCUUGAAGAGCGUUGGAAUGUGGCUACCCGCCCAGAAACACAGUGCAGCUUCUUCCACCACAGGCGAAGACAUUCAGAAUGAGAUCCCUCCGUAUGAGUCUCGCAUCACCACGGCCAAACUGCUCACUGAGUCAGAGGAGUAUGAGAUGGCAGUUGAUGUGUUGGAGGGUCUACUGGAAGAGGAUGAUGAAGUUGUCCAGGUGUGGUAUCUCUCUGGCUGGGUGUGCUACCUCCAGUUGGAAAAGGCAAAGGAGCAGCAAGAAAGGGAGGGAAGAGAAGCAACAGAAGAGGAGAAGGAGGAGGGGAUGGCAUUAAAGGAGGCUGCCAGAUCAUACUUGACUAAUGCUAAAAAGCUGUACAAUAAGCUGCGAUGUGAUGACCAGCCGAUGUCGGAGCAUGUGGAGCAGCUGCUGGGCGAACUAGGAGGAGAGGUGGAGGGAGAGGAGGGAGAUCCAGUUUUGGAUGAAGAUUUUGAACCCUGUAGUGAUGAUGAGGAGGAGGCGGAGGCGGCUGCAGAGGCACCCAUGGAACACUGACCACACCUCCUUGCUUGUACUCUGUGAUUUCACUUUUCCCCAUCAUGUCUCCCUGUAGUUCUCAUGAGAGCUCAAAGGUGCCUUUUUUUUUUAAUGGUUUUCCUCUCUCACCUGCUUAUCAAAGAUUAAAUCUGAAAUCCACAGAUAUGCACAAAAGAGCGGCAUUAAAAGCAGCAGUCUCCUCAGUCUCUUUCAAUCAGUUGUUUAAUACUUUCACUGAAGUCCAUACUUGAGUAAUGCUUCCCUUAAUCUCCUUGACAGAUGUUGGUGAAAUAAAUUAGUUUUAAAGCUUUACAUCUCUCUAGCAGCGGAAGCUGAGCACCUUUGAAGGCAUUUACCUGUUAUACGCACCCACGCUUGGUUUCAACAAGCAAAUGUACACGACACAUACAAACAAAAACACAAAGGCAGAGUGUUAAUUACUUCAGCUCUUCCUCAUUACAACAGCAGGAGUGUUCCCCUCUGAGAGACUGCAGUGAGAAAUCUCAUGGAAAAAUUACCAUCUUUACAUGUAACUCUGAUAUUCUGAGUUUUUGUGCAUUUCUAGAAUAUUGUAUUGUAAUAUUCUCCCUUUUAUAGCUCAUUGAAUUCAACGAAGCAUAAAAAGAAUUUGACUACCUUAAUCAGAAA